AUGAAAUUAGGAUAUAAUGAAAUAAUGAUAACAUCAAAAUAUUUUAAUGACAUUAAAGAUUUUAUUAAUUUAGAAAUAGGAGUUAAAAGAUUUCAAGGAAAUAUUGAACGAUUUCAUUUUAAUCCAAUUCCAUUAAAUGAAUAUUCAAGAAAAUUAUUUCCUAAUAUUGAAACAUUUCAUAUUUAUAAUGAAAAAGAUGAAAUAUUUAAUGAUGGAAAAAUAUUUAAAUAUGUAAUAUGGUAUCCAGUAGAUUAUUUAACAUAUUUAUUCAAAAAAGAACAAGGAAAUAUCUGUAAAAAUAUAGAAUAUACAGAAAAAGAUAGAAAGAAAUAUGGAACUACAAUACCAUCAGAAAUCAAAUCACUCAGAGAAUAUAGUUUUAAAUAUUAG